AUGCUACUCCGCGGUGUAAUACGUGCUACCAAGCUGCCCAAUGGACAGCAUGUAAUUGGUACCAAGUGGGUAUUUAAGAUCAAGCGCAAAGCGGAUGAAGAUAUCGAAAAGGACAAGUGGGGCCUAGUUGCCGAAGUCUUCAAGCAGAAGUGUGGCAUUGACUACACGGAAAAUUUCUCGUCCGUACUCAAUAACGUGACAGAGCGCAAGGUGGCUCGAAAUCGGGCCGACGCGAAAGAGCAUCAGCGACGAGCAGGGUAA